UCAGCAGGCGCCCCCCGCCCGGCCCGCCCCGUCCCCCUCUGGUGACAGAAAGUCGGCCCAGCAGAUGAGGAAGUGGCAGGCAGGCCGGCCCUGGGGACUUCUGUGUUGCCCUGCUCCCUCCGAGCCCGCCGCUGCUGCCCGCCCGGCCCCCGCUGAGUUCCAUAGCCAGGAUGGAGGCGGUCGUGAACUUGUACCAGGAGAUGAUGAAGUAUGCAGAUCCUCGGCUCCAGGGCUACCCUCUGAUGGGGUCCCCCCUGCUAAUGACCUCCAUCCUCCUGACCUACGUGUACUUCGUUCUCUCACUUGGGCCUCGCAUCAUGGCCAAUCGGAAGCCCUUCCAGCUCCGGGGCUUCAUGAUUGUCUACAACUUCUCACUGGUGGCGCUCUCCCUCUACAUUGUCUAUGAGUUCUUGAUGUCUGGCUGGUUGAGUACCUACACCUGGCGCUGCGAUCCUGUAGACUAUUCCAACAGCCCGGAGGCACUAAGGAUGGUUCGAGUGGCCUGGCUCUUCCUCUUCUCCAAGUUCAUCGAGCUGAUGGACACGGUGAUCUUUAUUCUCCGGAAAAAAGAUGGACAGGUGACCUUCCUCCAUGUCUUCCACCACUCCGUGCUUCCCUGGAGCUGGUGGUGGGGGGUAAAGAUUGCCCCGGGAGGAAUGGGCUCUUUCCACGCCAUGAUCAACUCCUCGGUGCAUGUCGUCAUGUACCUGUACUACGGGUUGUCCGCCCUGGGCCCUGUGGCUCAGCCCUACCUGUGGUGGAAAAAGCACAUGACAGCCAUCCAGCUGAUCCAGUUCGUGCUGGUGUCGCUGCACAUCUCCCAGUACUACUUCAUGCCUAGCUGUGACUACCAGUACCCAGUCAUCAUCCACCUCAUCUGGAUGUACGGCACCAUCUUCUUUGUGCUCUUCUCCAACUUCUGGUAUCACUCCUAUACCAAAGGCAAACGGCUGCCCCGUGUACUUCAAAACGGAGCUCCAGGUACCGCCAAAGUCAAGGCCAACUGAGAAACGUGGCCUAGCUAGGUGCCCACCUAAGUGCCUCAGGACUGCACCUUGGGCAGCAUCUGACGUCCUCCCCGCCUACACCGGUGACCUGUGACCAGGGCCCUGUGUGGUCCGGACUGAGCAGGGGGCAGGCCCUCCCCUCCCCACAGCUGGCACACAGGGACCACGGCUUCCGUCGCUCACCCGCUUCUCCCAGCCAGCUCCGAGGACACGGCCGCACCACCCUCUGCCACUCCAGAGCCGGGGGCUCAAGGGUUGGGACACUCAUCUUCCCCUCCCGGCCUUAAACUUGGGAGGGGAGCACUCAGGACUGGCCCCCACCAGGGUCUUGUGGCCUUUUUCCUCACACUGAAGAGGUCAGCAAUAAUCUGUCACUCUGGACCCAUGACCCCUCCUCCUUCUCUAGCCCACACUGAAGCAGAAGCUUCUUGACCAAAGGUCAGAGUGGGUGGGGGGCCUGGGACUACAGCCUGUGGAGGCUGUUCACUCACUUAGGUCUUCAUUAAAAGUGACAGAGGAAACCACCCA